AUGGAGGAGCUCUUCCACUGGCUCUUUCUGGCUGUCUGCUGUGACGUCCUCCGUUGGCCGGUCCGCUGCCUCCCCACCCUGUCGCCGGGGCUUGUGCAGGAGCUGGCGGAGGUCCCCGCACAAGUCGUGUCUCGCAGCUCACCUUGCAGCGCCACCUGUGGACCAGGGACGCGUGUGCAGGAGCUGUGCUGGCUGGACGCGCAGGGUGCCAGCCGCGACUGCCGGGAGCGCCAGGUGCCGUGCGUGCUCACCAGGCAAUGUGCUCUGAGCACGCAGACCGUGGAGGUGGGCGGCCGCGUGGAGCUCGACUGCUUGGGCACUCUCAAGUUCUCCACAGUCCGGUACCGAUACAUCUUCAGCUGGCGCUUCGCCCGCGGCGUCAUCACCACGCAAGGGCCGCUGUUUGAACGCUGGCGAGCGCCACGCAUCGACCGGGUGAUCCUGGACCCCGUUCAGGAGAGCGACGCCGGGACCUACUGGUGCGACUUGAAGGAUGCCAGUCACAGGAUGCUGAAGCAGGUCUAUUUCGGCGUGAGGGUCCUGCCCAAAAGGUGGGUGAACCUGGAGUCUGCCACCCUCCAUCAGCGGUCCGGGUCGAACGGGAAGUCCUUCAACGACACCGCCGCGGUGCCCCUCUACUCCCGCAGCACCAUGAAGGAAGUGGCCGUCUACAGUCUGUCCAUCUCCAUCGCGAGCGCGCUUCUCACCUUCCUUGUGCUCUGCUGGCAGAGGAGACACACCGGAGUGCCUCAUGCCUCCCGAGAAGCUCGCUCGGGGACCUCGACCCCAGGUUACGGUCCUGAGACUUCAGAUGCACUCUGAACACUUCCGCUGCAAGGAGCGUAGACGCGAAGACUAACAUCUGAGCUCUUCUUUCUUGCCUCGCUUGCACCUUUUUCGUGACCAGUAGCUUGUGAUUUACAGAAAUAAAACUGGCCUUCACAUCAUCAUAUUUACCACCCCAUUUGCCCCCCCCCUGAAAUGUAUUGGUCAACAGCAGCAGGUGGGCAGUGGUUAGAGUCACUGCCUUUGGACUCCAAGGACCCAGGUUUAAAUCCCACCUCUUGCACCUGUAGUGCAUCUCGGCAAAGCACUGAACCUGAAACCUUGGUACAGUAGAA